GAAUGAUCAAGCUACAUUGCGCUUUCAAUACGCAAGUAUAUAAACGCAGCCGAAAUGAGCGUUUUAAUGUGCGCUACUUUUCCUCACGCACAGACACAUUGACACUUUCAUAUUUGCAUCUCAGUUACAAUUACUCACAUGAAGCAUGGCAAUUUCUGAGAGUCUGUUACUUUGGCUUCUUCUGAGUAAUCUGGAAGACGAUUUCCAGCUACCACAAAAUCAACGAAAGAGAUCGCUUGGAGAAAAUUUGGAGUCAUAUCCACAUCAUGUGGGCAAUGUUUCUGAGCUCAAUUCAUUCCUGUGGGUUAUGGAACGCGAUCCUCCAGUUUAUUUCUUCGGAACGAUUCAUGUACCCUACACUAAAGUGUGGGACUACAUACCACCAAACAGCAAACAAGCUUUUGAAAAGGCAAACAACGUGUACUUUGAACUGGAUCUGACAGAUAGAGACACGAUAGAAGCAUUGCAACAUUGCAAAUCCCUGCCGCAUGGACAAAAGUUACGCGAUCGCAUUCCGUCGAAGCUUUUCAGGCGUUUGAAAGCUCAUUUCUCCUUCGUUCGGAGAAAAAUUUCAGAAUGGAUAUCUGAAGAGUCGAAACUCAUUGCGGUGAAUCCUUUGGACUUGUACCGAAAACUCACAAAAAAUUGGCGACGAAAGCGACCGAUAUGGAUAAUGCUAUUGCUCGACAAACUCAACAAAUUUAACGUGAAAAUGCUUGCUGAAAGAUUGCCUGUGCUCGACGCAUAUUUAAUGCGGCAAGCUCAAACACGCGGAAAAAAGCUGGGCUCGAUUGAAACCGCCAAAGAGCAAUGUAACGUACUUAAAAGGCUGAACAAGAAGAAGGUAAUCUACGCUUUGAAAAAGAGUUUAACAUUACACGAGAACAUACGUCGUGGUGAAGAAAAUAUUCCGUUGUCGGCAAAGCAAUUGAUUCAUUAUUACAAAUUUGGUGGCCUUAGAAAAGUUUUGUCCGCUCUACAGUCGUCCGGAGUUUCUAAUCUACGAAAUAUUUCCCAGUUGCAAAACUUGGAAAUUAACAAAAGCAAAAGAUUCCAAAAAUAUAUGAAAAACAAGUUGUUCUUCGAAAGAAACAAGAGAAUGGCAAAACGGAUCAGAAAAAUUAUUAAAAAAAACUGUGGAAGAAGUAUGAUUUUUGCUUUCGGUGCAGGCCAUUUUAUUGGACACAAAAGCGUAAUAAGCUUGCUUCGUCGUCGUGGAUAUAAAAUAAAACAUUUAAAAGCAAAUGACGCUAUCUCAUUAAGAAAUCAUGGAAGUGUCAAAGUUGUCAGAUGCAAACACCAAAGAGAAGAAAAACAACAAAAGUCAAACUUAAAACAAGUAAAUCGAAGGAAGAAUGUGUUUGGUAAUUUGAAAGAGAACAACGCAAAUACAACGAGAAAAAUCAAGCCGGCCAACAUCACGUUGUAUAAAUCAUCGCAUGAAAAGUUCACUGGGCAGACCUCGUCGAAUGCUGUGUCCCUGAAUAUAAAUCGAUGGUUGUGCAUAUUCCUUCUGUUGAAACUGUUUUUUUUCCUUCAUGAUUCUGUAACGACAAUAGAAUAAGUUAAGAAAAUUAUUAAAAAACUAGCUAGAUGAGAAGAAAUUCGAUGACUCGUACCUCGAAGGUGCGCUGUUUAUACUAGUUUGAAGGCUAUAGAUCACCAUUUGUCUUUGAGGACGGUUUAGUGUGUCAUACCCAAUUCAUCAGCAGCACAUUCUCCUUUAUCUUUAACAAAACUUAAAUAAUUGUGAUAUUGCUUUCUAUAUGAGCGAACAGGGCUUUUCAUUGAUGAGUUAAUGAAAGACCUGGCUUGAAGAUCCAUUAGGCUCUUCAUUAUUUCCUAGAAAUCAAAAUAUACCAAUACAUCUAAAAAAACUUUGAACCUCCUUUGAACUUCUAAUGAUGAAUUGUUCAGUCAUAAAACACGUUAUUAUUUUUACUAUUUUCAACUUCAAAGUGGCAGAAAGAAUUCGGUCAGAAGUGCAAGUAAACACUUAAUGAUGUAAUUUAAAUACCUUGCUGUGUCUAGGGGAUCAUUGUUCACGCCUCACCCGUCCACCAUUCUCUACAAUGCUGGAUGAGAAAGAGUUUGUGGUAUAUAUAUUAAAUUUUGGCAAAUAAUAUUAUGGUUCAUAUUCUUGAUGUAACAAACAGUAAAAUAUCUUAUAUUGUAAGUGGAAAUUUAAUGAGAAAAAUCUAUGUGUUUGUUAAGAUGAUAAAUGAGCUUGAUGAUUUUUAAUCAUUAACUUAUGAAUUUUGAAUGUAAGCUCGACCUCGACAUUAACCUCUUUUUCAAUUGCUCAUUCGUGAGACGAGGAGAUAAUAUCUUUCGUAACACGGGUAAUUAUUGUUAUGUAUUAUGGAAAUAUAUAUUUAAUGAAUAAAGUCCUUCAUGUGUAAA